AUGCCUUGGUGGCUCAUGCAACGAACUGAGAUGAAGCGACGACGUCUGGGCAAACGUAUCAACGUGCUACUCAAGGACAUGAUCCGCCAGCAAUACGCCAAGCACAAGACCCAUGGGCUUCGACAUGACCAAUCACGCAGCAUAUUGUCCCUGAGCCUGCAGGAUACCGAUACCCUUUCCCGCGAGCUCGUAGACGAGACGUGCGACCAAAUCAAAAUGUUUCUCCUUGCAGGCCACGAUACCACAAGCAUUACGCUGGGGUGGAUCUUUCACUGGCUUUCGCGGACUCCAAGGACGGCCAUCGCUGUGCGAAGCGAGCUCGAUAACUUACUAGGCCACGAGGCAGAUCCAGAAGUUGUGCGUGCCCGGCUCAUGUCGUCCGAUGGACCAGAUCUAGUACGUCGCAUGUCGUACAUCUCUGCCGUGGUCAAGGAAACCCUGCGUCUGCAUCCGCCGGCCGCCACGGCGCGGUAUACGAAACAUGGUACUGGGUUCACUGUACGCACACCAGCUGGCGAGAAGCAUUGCCUGGACGGAAUGAUCACCCACAACUGCGAAGGCCUCAUCCAGAGAGACCCCGCCAUUUACGGAGACUCCGCGCAUUACUUCAAGCCCGAGAGAUGGCUAAACGACGACAACUCGAACAUUCCAGCUAGUGCUUGGAGGCCAUUUGAACGAGGACCUCGCAGCUGCAUCGGACAAGAGUUCGCCAUGAUUGAAAUACGGGUUGUUAUUGCUGUCAUUGUCCGUCGAUUUGACUUCGUGAAGGUGGGCCUCGGUGAGCUCGCCUUUGAUGCUAAGAAUAGACCUAUCCUCGGGGAAGGCGGUAUCUAUGCAGCCAAGUCGCUACUUUACAGUGUAAGCAGAGAAUCUCUCGGAUGCAAACUUGGCCAUUUCGAGUCUGAACCACACACUGACGAUGGCCCGUACAGACGCGACAGGUUAAUGCCAGACCAGUAG